GAUUUUUGUCCAGUGGGUGGGUUUAUUCGAGAGGCGUUGCCUCUCUCCUCCGAGAUUAUAGUCCUGCAACCGGUCGCAUUUACCCACACUUUGCUUACGUCGCCGCUGGAAAGAACUGUCACCUGUCAACAGUGUGAAGCUGACUGGAAAAGGACUACAUUUGAAGCUAUGGCUAACUACAUCCACGUCCCCGACGAGGCUCCCGCCGUGCCCAAAAUAGACGUGUCAGUGGACGAGAACGACUUCAGACCCGGUGCACUGAAACUGAUCAGUCAGCUCAGACCCAAAUGGAACGCCUCAGAUGUCAAGAUGAAGUUUUUCACAGACGGAAUCACCAACAAGUUGCUGGGCUGCUAUGUUGGUGCAAACAUGCAGGAUGUGGUUCUUGUCCGCAUUUAUGGCAACAAAACGGAGCUGCUGGUGGACCGUGACAACGAAGUCAAAAGCUUCAGAGUUCUACAAGCCCACCGCUGCGCUCCUCAACUCUACUGCACCUUCAACAACGGGCUGUGCUAUGAGUUUCUGCAGGGGACUGCCCUGGAGCCUGAGGACAUUCGCAGCCAACCAGCUUUCAGUCUUAUUGCUCGUCAACUGGCCAAGUAUCAUGCCAUCCAUGCCCACAACGGCUGGGUGCCCCAGUCUGACCUUUGGCUGAAGAUGGGCAAGUACUUCUCCCUAAUCCCCAAACAUCUGAAAGACCCAGAGCAGGACGCACGGUUGAACAAGGAGGUGCCGAGCCCACAGUGUCUCCGCAAAGAGCUGCUGUGGCUACAGAAGACUUUGUCAGUGCUGAACUCCCCGGUGGUUCUCUGCCACAACGACCUGCUGUGCAAAAACAUCAUCUACAACCAAGAGACCGGGAAUGUAAAGUUCAUUGACUACGAGUACGCUGGGUACAAUUACCAAGCCUACGACAUUGGGAACCAUUUCAAUGAGUUUGCGGGCCUGAAUGAAGUGGAUUACAGUCACUAUCCCGGACGAGCCUUUCAGCUGCAGUGGCUCCGGUCGUACCUGGAAGCCUACAAGGAGUACAAGGGUCAGGGCAGUGAGGUGACUGAGGAAGAGGUGGAGGUUCUCUAUGUCCAAGUCAACCGAUUUGCUCUGGCUUCUCAUUUCUUCUGGGCUCUUUGGGCGCUGAUUCAGGCCAAGUUCUCCACCAUCGACUUUGACUUCUUGGGAUACGCGGUGCUCCGCUUGAACCAGUAUUUCAAGAUGAAACCAGAACUGGAAGAGCUCAACUUACCCGAAUAGAAGCCUCCACCCACCCUCCUCACCUUCUCUUCCUCCUGCUCUCUCUACCCUCCACCCCACGCUGCUCUGCUCCUCAUGACGACAGCAGGGCGCCCCCGUGGGGCUACGUACGGAAGAGCUGGACCGUGAGUCUGCCACGAUCAGUGCCUACAGGUCUUCUUGAAAACGGACCACUGUUUUUCCGACACACAUGGACUUGCGUCUUGUGCCCAAAGUCCAAAGAUCUGUUACACUCUACAAUUUCAAAUAUUACGCGUCUGAGCAGCUUUUCCAACUUACUGUAUAAACACCCUUGAGAGCUAACCAUUAUCGUUCAACUUCAUCAUCACAGAAUGCUUGUUUGCUUAAGUGACAUGGGUAGACGGAAAAUGCCACCUGAUUCCUGCCAGGCAAACCAGAGAGCUUUUGUUUGGUCUCAUGACUUUUUUGUUUUUGCCCUUAUUUUCCUCCAGCACACCAUGCAUGACGUUGCUUAUAAAAUAGCAACAUAGUUGCUGUGUGGAUGGAUGAGGGCUGGUUUAUUUUGGGUUUAUGACCCAGAAGGCCAAAAAGAAGAAAAAAAAAAAAAAAGAAACAAAGGCAAGAGUGACGACGUCUCAGUCCUGAUUGGUUCUCGCUUAACUUUAUGAGUGUUGGUCUUGUUUGUCUCUGCCUUAAUACUGACAGUUGUUGCAUCUCGAUGUUUUUGAACAUUCCAUCUUUGAAUGAAGCAAAGAAUUUACGUUCCCUGUUCCAAGACCAAAUUUCAGAUUGAACCUGUGUCAAGUGAACUUCUUAAAGUUCCUGACAAGUGUCCAAAACGUUCAGACGUUUUCAUCAAAUUUGUUCUAUUCCACCUUUAACCGAUUCACUGCGGCCAUACUAGUUUGGGAAAAUGUGGGCUAGAAACACUAAGGCUCUGCUAACCGUCUGUUCUUGUCUCCCCUUUGUUGAAAGUUGCAAUGAAAGUCAUCCUCAGAGGAUAAAAGCAACGGCUGCCAGAAGCCACUCUUAUUUGCCUUUGAAAUUAUCCUCGAGGCGGCUUGAGGAGGCCUUUAUUAAGUAUCUCACGAUGACAUUGAGCAAGUCUACACCAAAUUUUUGGUUGCUCUCUUGCUUGUACAUAACGCACAAUAUCGGUUUUUCCAAUGUAGCACAGUUGUAGUCAGAAUAUGUUGUUUUUUCUUCUUUGUUUUAUACACUUAUUUAAAUACUCAAGGAUGAUGAAGACGUCUGAUGGUGCAAUAAAAUAUGAAUCUUGAGCAAAUUUAUUUGAGCUUCCUGAGCAAAUUCAAAAAAAUGAAAUGUGAAAAAGGAUUUUUUUUUUAGUUACCUCACAACACCCAAAGACUGCUGUAAUAGUGACGAUGCUCACCCAAGUGGACUGUGUACUCCUGUACACACAACAAACCUUCACUAGAGAAGGGACGGACUUGUAGGACUGCCAUUGUGCCUGAAGAGCUUUUGCUUUCACAGUCCAUACCAGACUUCCUUUUCUGUCUUACAACUAAUGUUGUGCUUAGUCAUCUCACUUUUGUUUUUGUAUUCCUAAGAUAAGUAAUUUUGGUCUGCCGAUUGCGUUUACUGCUGCAAAGUGAUGCAGUUUUUUUAUUUUAUUUUAUUAAAUCUACUGCAAUUUCCACUCAAACAAUUGACGUAACAAGCAUCGCACACACAUCGGUCUUCUCCCUGAAUGCAUUACAGCCAUUUGAGUCAUUUCUGAACUGAUAAGAAUGUGAAGCGCCACUACGUUUGUGUAUUACAAUGUGAAGAAACCUGCCCUGUUAGACUUUCUCUGGCCACUGUUGAAUAUGUUCAUAUGUACAGUUAAUAAAUGUAUUAAUCUCUGUUUUUCUAAGUUGCGUUAAUACAAGUUAGGGGUUAAGAUGUGAAACCGCAAAUUCAAUACUGUAAACCGCUUUGGAAAAUAAAGAUUAUUUACCCUCUUUUGUGGCCUCUUGUUU